CUAAUAUAAGGCAACCAAUUGGUCAGCUGUCAAAAUUUAAAAAGAAAAAAAAUAAAAAAUAGGAAAAAUCCUCCAUUGUAAUCAGGUUCUCUUCGAGUAGUUAGCUGUAGAAUAGGACAUUAGCGUAAGUAACAAUGGAAGAUAACCCUCCGAGCGAUGACGAAGUUAACAACAGUCCAGUUAGUCCAAAAAUUGGAGCUAAAAAGUUAAAGCUGAAUGAUGGAAGCUCUCAAGACAGCCUCAACAAGGAUUCAGGUUCUUCAAGUAAACGCGAGAAGGAUGAGAAUGUAGACAGUGGAGUUUCUGCUGAUAAGUCUGAGAGUACUAGCAGCGAUGAUCGUGUCAAUAUGGCCGUGGAAGGGCCUUCCAAUGAAGUGGUCAAUGUGGCACCUUCAAGUAGUAAUGUUAGAGCUAUAUUGCUUAACAUAAGGCGCCCGAAACGCGGUCGGAAUUAUAGGAAACGAAAAACUCCAGAUCGGGAUUCAGAUAGUAAUGAUUCUUCAAGGGAUUCUGAUGAUUUGUCUGUGGAGGAAACUGUACUGAGUGUGAGAACACAGGAAAAUAGCAAUUCAGAGGUAGAAAGUGAUGAUUACCAAAGAUAUCUUGGUGGGUCCUUCUCUGAAAUGUCGCCAAGUGGGAGUUCCUCAUCAUCUUCAGAGACCAAUGAUAGUUAUGAUUCGGACGUUACCGAUGAUGUCGCCAGGCAAUCCGAUGACACGGACAGUGAUAAUCUGGUGUGGUCGAGGUUUGAAGUCGGGGGCGCUGAGAGCACUGACACUAGCGUUCUGUUGAAGGAGAGGCCCAAACACAACUAUCAUAUAUGUAGAGAAAUAAUAAACCGCGAGAUGGGACUGACAUUUCCGUGCGGCAAGACAGGCAAAUAUGAAGUGAUGUUUGAGAAAAAAUUUUACAGUUCCUUGCAUUCAAUCUAUCGUUUGGAUAAGUUGCACUACCUCAACGAACACAAAGGCUGUGUUAAUUCUAUAAAUUUUCACCCGGAAGGCCACCUUCUAGCGUCAGGGUCAGACGACACCCACGUGAUAGUGUGGGACUGGGCCCGGAACAUACCCCUGCAGAAGAUUAAGACGGGUCACAAGUCCAACGUGUUUCAAAGCAAGUUCCUCUACCUCAAUGCUGAGAGUCAGUUGAACAUCGUCACUUGUGCUAGAGAUGGCCAGGUGCGCCUCCUGCAAUGCCCCCCGAGCGGCGGGCCGGCCGUGGCGCGGCGCCGCCUCCUCUCGCACGCGCGCGCAGCCCACAAGCUGCACGUGUGCGCGGCCGAGCCGCACGUCGUCAUCUCCGCCGCCGAGGACGGGCUCGUCAUGCAGUGCGACGUCAGGGACGACCACCCUUCCAGGUUGUUCCAAGUGCGCGACCAGCGGCGCACGAUCCCGCUGUACAGCGUGAGCGGGCACCCGCUGGAGCCGCGCCAGCUGGCCGUGGCGGGCCGCGACAGGUUCGUGCGCGUCUACGACAGGAGGAAGUCCACCAAGCCGCUGCUGAUGUAUUGCCCCUCCGCUUUUGUGCUUCAUAACGGUCAAAAGAAAUCUACGCGCUACGCUAUGAUGCACAUGACUUGUGCUGUUUACAACCACGACGGCACCGAGAUACUCGGCUCUUACAACGAUGAGGACAUCUACCUGUUUGAUACUAAGAAAGACGUGUACGACAAAGAUGACACGACCGGCGCCAAAGACGGUUACACGCACCGCUAUAGCGGUCACAGGAACAGCGCUACGUUCAAAGGCGUAGCAUUCUUCGGGCCAAAGAGCGAAUACAUUGUGUCCGGGUCGGAUUGUUCCUACAUCUAUAUAUGGGAGAAGAACAGUGAAGCCAUAGUGCAAUGGCUGAAGGGUGAUGAAAAUGGAGUGGUGAACUGCAUAGAAGGUCACCCCCGAUGCCCCGUGCUGGCCAGCAGUGGGCUGGACAGGGACGUGAAGAUCUGGUGGCCAGCGCUGCGGAAAGACCCCAAAUAUGAUGGACUGGAAAAUCAAAUCAAAGAGAACAGGUCCAAGGUUCGAAGUACUCUGUUCCACGAUUUCCUGCCAACGUUGUACACGGCGUGGCGCGGAGAGAACUUGCUGCCUGAUGACGACGACGGACCGGGAGCCCUAUACCGGGAGAACAUUGACUUUGACGGCAACGUGUGCACGGCUUUCUAGUGAACGUUGUAACGUAACGGUGAUCGGAUGUGUUUGUGACAUUUGUAAAUGGAUAUUGUAGGUGAUGUGGACAUUAACUGAAAAUUUAAAAGUUGAAAUUUUUUUUGGAAAAAUUUUUGAUUUUUUUUAAUCUUGGCGUAUUUAUAGUCACACGCUCUCUGACUAUGCUUCGGGGCUUGGGGUCCGAUUUCCUGCAAACUUUUGCUUUGUCUUGAAAUUUUUGGAUAUUUCUUUCGAGAGACAUUUAGAAACUCUAAAAAAUACUGUCUGUGUGACUGUGGUCAUUCAAAUUUUUUUUUUUUAUUGUAAUGUAUUGUAAAGGAGUUUAGUAUUUCCAGUUUGUAACUACUUUUGUGGUUAAUUCUAUGAAGGUAGACCGCUUUCAGAGAUACAUUCAAAAAUGGAAGUCUGACCACAUAAUUUAAAAAUAGUACACUGAAACCAGCUAUAUACAUUUACAAAUGAGACUAGAAAUACCUACCGAUUUCUAAUAAACAUUUAAAAAUAGAACUCUGUAUUCAUAACCGUUGUUAAGGCGCCAACUAUUGAUUGCCAUUGUUUUUUUUUAUUGUACCGCUUUAUAGAUAUCAAACUUAUACGCACCUAUGAAUGUGUAUACGGACCGUUAAAAAAAAUACUAAAUACAACUUGAACUAAGUGUGUAAAUGCUUGGUACUUGAAAAUUUUAAUUUGAGAUUAAAAUCAAGGAGAUGUGCUAGCAUGAGAAUAAGUCUUUUACAUAAAGACGUCAAAAUGUAUGUAUGUAUGAUUCCAGAAAUCAAAAUAGGAAGCUGGGUGUAAAAAUUGUAUAAAACUUUAAACUUUUUCAUUAAACUCUCUUAGAUAUCUGUUCAGAUUAGAGGUAGGCUAAUUCUAAAACUGGUAUUUUGCUCGCAAAUUUAUUUUCGUCAGUUGGCUAGCACUAUCAAAGAUUUAAAUGAGCGAGCAUCGAUAGACUAUCUUACGUAUGAGUAUUGAUUUACCCGUAGAAUUCAGAAUACGAUGAGACUAUAGAAGUGCUAAGUACUGGUAAAUGUGACGUUGAAAGUUGGGGCAGUCACACCAUCAAAGCACUUUUUUUGACUUUACAUCUGAAUCCGAGAUUCGACAGUUUGAUAACUACGUAAAAAAUUGUGCGAUUAUUUCGUAGUAUGGCAUUUCUACUGACUUAUAUCGUUCUGAUUUCCAUGGAUAAAUUUAUGGUUAACGACGGUUUUCUAUAUUUAUUUAUAAUAAUGGUGGUAUUAUGGUUGAAAAAGCCAUUAUAAUUGUUUUUCGUUUAAUAUCACAGGUAUGCGAGAUUUUAGAAAUAAGUGAUUCGUACAAUUUAAAUUAUCACUUGUUUGUAUUGUUUGAUCAUCAUACCACUUUCUAAUAGUGGCAAGAUUUAAUCCUGUGUGAUAAAAAUUGUAAAAGUUUAAACCUUAUUGUGAAAAUUGUUGAUAUUACUUUUUAUAUUUCAAUUAUAUGUUUAUAUAAGUAUUUAUGUACUAAGCUAAUUUUAGAUGUAUGUGAUAAAAGAAUAUAGCUUUUUGUUUCAUUGUUUGUUGCGUUCUCAAGAAUCUUUUAUUUUUACCUUAGAUUAGUGAUUUUAUCGUGAAAUGAUUAAAGAGGAGGCUUAAUUAUUACA